GCGGCCAAGAUGGCCGACGAGGAAGCCAGUUGUCCGGCGGGGCGGGAGCCGGGGCCGGGGCCAGUGCAGGAGUCGGAGCUGGAGCAGGGUGAAGAGUUCGAGAUCGUGGACCAGAGCCAGCUGCCAGGCCCGGGCGAGCUGCGCAGUGUGGCGAGACGGCGAGCCGCGGCGGAAGGCUGGUCCGCGCCCAUCCUGACCCUGGCGCGCAAGGCCACGGGCAACCUGUCGGCGAGCUGCGGCAGUGCGCUGCGCGCGGCCGCGGGGCUGGGCAGCGCGGGCGGCGGCACGGACGGCGCGGCGCCUGCAGCUUCCAAGUGCCAGAUGAUGGAGGAGCGGGCCAACUUGAUGCACAUGAUGAAACUCAGCAUCAAGGUCUUGCUCCAGUCCGCCCUGAGCCUGGGCCGCAGCCUGGAUGCGGACCAUGCCCCCUUGCAGCAAUUCUUUGUGGUGAUGGAGCACUGCCUCAAACAUGGGCUGAAAGUUAAGAAGAGUUUUAUUGGCCAAAAUAAAUCUUUCUUUGGUCCUUUGGAGCUGGUGGAGAAACUUUGUCCAGAAGCAUCAGAUAUAGCAACUAGUGUCAGAAAUCUACCAGAAUUAAAGACAGCUAUGGGAAGAGGCAGAGCUUGGCUUUAUCUUGCACUUAUGCAAAAGAAACUGGCAGAUUAUCUGAAAGUGCUUAUAGACAAUAAACAUCUCUUAAGUGAGUUCUAUGAGCCCGAGGCAUUGAUGAUGGAGGAAGAGGGGAUGGUGAUCGUCGGUCUGCUGGUGGGACUCAAUGUUCUUGAUGCCAAUCUCUGCUUAAAAGGAGAAGACUUGGAUUCUCAGGUUGGAGUGAUCGAUUUUUCCCUCUACCUGAAGGAUGUGCAAGAGCUCAAUGGUGGCAGAGAGCACGAAAGAAUUACUGAUGUCCUUGAUCAAAAAAACUACGUGGAAGAGCUUAACCGGCACUUAAGCUGCACAGUUGGGGAUCUUCAAACCAAGAUAGAUGGCUUGGAAAAGACUAAUUCAAAGCUUCAAGAAGAGCUUUCAGCUGCAACAGACCGGAUUUGUUCACUUCAAGAAGAACAGCAACAAUUAAGAGCACAAAAUGAAUUAAUUCGUGAAAGAAGUGAAAAGAGUGUAGAGAUAACAAAACAGGAUACAAAAGUUGAGCUGGAGACUUACAAGCAAACUCGGCAAGGUCUAGAUGAAUUGUAUAGUGAUGUAUGGAAGCAACUAAAAGAGGAGAAGAAAGUCCGUUUGGAAGUAGAAAAAGAACUGGAGUUACAAAUUGGAAUGAAAACCGAAAUGGAAAUUGCAAUGAAGUUACUAGAAAAGGACACCCACGAGAAGCAGGACACUCUAGUUGCCCUCCGCCAGCAGCUGGAAGAAGUCAAAGCAAUUAAUCUGCAGAUGUUCCACAAAGUUCAGGAUGCAGAGAGCAGCUUACAGCAGAAGAAUGAAGCCAUCACAUCUUUUGAAGAAAAAAUCAAUCAAGUUAUGUCCAGCAUGAAACAGAUGGAACGAAGCUCUCCCCGUCUGUCUAGGGUGCAGCAGGCGGAGCGGGCAAGGCAGGACGCUGAGGCACACAGCCACACGCUGCAGCAGGAGCUGGGCAGCAGGACCGGUGCGCUGCAGCAGCAGUUGUCCCAGCUGCAUGGGCGGUGCUCAAGUCUAGAGAAAGAGCUGAAAUCAGAAAAGGAGCAAAGACAAGCCCUUCAGCGAGAAUUACAGUAUGAGAAAGAUAACUCGUCUCUACUCCAAGCAGAGCUACAGCAAGUAGAAGGAUUAAAGAAGGAGUUGCGGGAGCUCCAGGACGAGAAGACAGAGUUACAGAAGGUUUGUGAUGAGCAGGAGCAAGCCCUCCAGGAAAUGGGACUGCAUCUCAGCCAGUCAAAGCUGAAGAUGGAAGACAUCAAAGAAGUCAAUAGGGCACUGAAGGGCCACACUUGGCUGAAAGACGAUGAAGCAACACACUGUAAGCAGUGUGAGAAGGAGUUCUCCAUUUCCCGGAGAAAGCACCACUGCCGAAACUGUGGCCAUAUCUUCUGCAACACGUGCUCCAGCAACGAGCUGGCCCUGCCCUCCUACCCCAAGCCCGUGCGCGUAUGUGACAGCUGCCACACCCUGCUCCUGCAGGGCUGCUCCUCCACUGGCUCCUAGGGCCUGGGGACAGCACAGGCUGUCCAGGGGUGCGGAGCAAAGAAAAGGAUGUGAUCCUCGAAUACAGCAGGCCAAGGCUGCAGCCUUCCCUCUCAGAGCUGUCUGGAAUGAACUCUGGAUUCAAACUUCCUUCUCACUUGGCUAGGCUACAUCACUGGUUACAGGUCAUGGUUCUGCUACUAUCAUUUCUCCCUUUUCAAAGAAUUAACCUACUUGGCAGCAGUCAUACUAGUGCAGUGAGUAAUCCGUUCCUCCUCCACUGCCCAGUGUACUUCCCUGCUUCAGUCUAAAGAUGUGCCAUUCCACACCAUGAACAAUGACCCUGCAAUAAAAUCAUUUUUUAAUCCUG